AUGGAGAUUUGCAUUUUGGGAUUGCGCACAGCGCAGCGUCUUUCCCGGAUCACGGGUGGCGGGCGUCAAUCAUAUAAUGCAGCAGUAACAUGGUUUAUGGGUGGCUCAGGUCUACUGUGUAUGGAGGCUGGCCAGAUUGACGGCCCCAGAUUCCCGAUUCUGAAGGAUUCCAGGCCGCUCGUAAUAAUGGAGAGCUGUCGGCAAGCGGGCAGAAAGAAGCAAUCGGCUGUUAUGCCCGUACCCCAUCCGUUUCAAGCCAAGGAGGAAGGAGGAAGGAGGAACCCGCCUGGCCCAGGAACUUGCCUCGCCUCCAGUGACGAUGACGCUCUUCGUGGAAAGAGAGCUCCGGCUUGGUGGUUCUUGCCUUGGCCAGAGUUGAAACUGACGACCUGGGUUUGGGGAGUGCGACGGGAACCUCUUUCCUUUGGUGCGAAUAGAAAUCAAGGUAGCAACCAGAACCUGGACCUCCUUCCUUCUCGGGUUUUCCAUCUUCAUCUUCCUUUUGGGUCCUUCGGCUCCGGCACCGUCUCCAGAGAAAUUGCAAACUUUCCCAUUUUCCGUGAAACUCACAAACAAGAAACAACAUUAAACGGGGCCCCGUCUGUAUCGCAUAAACUCGGAAAACGACACAACACCCGCGGCUUCCUACAGAUACCGUCUACACCCCUACCUCGCAUCGCACCUCCCUACGGGUCCUCUCCAAGCUUGUCUUGCCUUCUCGACCUUAAUUUCCAUCCUGCCAAUUCCCUGCACCCGCGGACCAUGAUCAUCGAAAUCACCAGAACCCUGGCCCGAGAAACCAUGGACACCGCCAAUGAAAGCGGAGGAGCUCUGAGCAAGCUGCUACCAAAGUCAAUCGCUGCCAAGCGCCGCCGCAGAAAACAAGAAGCCCAAGAAGAUGAAGCCGCUGCCGCCACGGCCGCUUUGUUGAUAGGGGUCAAGGGGGAAGAAGUUACCGCUCUUGCUGUUACGCCUCCAGCACUCAGAGACGACGCUGCCAGCCAUCUAUCCAACAGACGCGACAGCGGCUCUUACGUUCAUGACACGGACAGCUUUGGAUUGGAAAAAGACGGCUCGACAGGGUUUCCCGACUACGACUACGGCCACUACCCCGAGCACGGCCACGCCGCCCACGACGCGGACGAUGCCAGCACCGAGGAAGCCACAAGCAUGCUGUCGCUGGACGAACCUGAUAUUGACGAUCUUCAGCCACGUCUUUUCGCGUGGCGCAUUCCCCCCAUCUCUGCUGGCACAACCCGCAACGGCGCCGUCUCUCUUUUUUCUCACUGGUCCGGGGGGUUCUGGGACUGGGAGACUAGCAGAGUCGGAGAGGAGGGGGGGGCUGAUGCGCUCUCCUCUCCUCUCUCUGUGCUCCGUGGCCCAUGGGUCUCAGCUCCCCCUCAUCCACUCUCUGCGGCAAUCGCCCGAGUGCGAACAAACGGGGUCAGGGUCGUCCAUGUCUCCCCCGACCACCUCCUACUGUUUCGUCUCUCCAUUGCCAUAUCGACACAUCCUUCGCAAAUAGGUUACUUGACUACUUCUUCCCCUAUCGUUCAGGCAACUCAUUUGCCUGAACCCCAACCACAGAUACUGGACGACCAACUCUCCCAGAUCGCCUCGGCGCGAUCCACUCUCUCCUCUGCCAAGCGGACGCAAUCCGUCGAGUCGUCGACAGAUUCUUCUUUGCGCUCCAAACGCAGUUUCACAAGUCUCGUGCCACCAAAGAAAAACACCACGAGAUCGCCGUCCCCCGUUGGCCGUCUCAAAGGUGUUUUUACAAAGUCAAAAAAGACUCCCAGUGCCGCCACAAGCCCCGACCGGUCCCUGGGCGGUGACGAAACCCCCGACCACGACCGAGACACGCGGAGAACAAGAGACCGAGGCAGAGCCACUGCUUCCACCUCUGACCUCACCACAACCACAAAGCCGUUUCUAGACAAUUCGACCCCGCCACACCCGAAUGCGACGAGCGACGCAGAUGCAUCUCGCGUAAAACAAUCAACAACGCAUUCACCUGAGCGACGUCGCUCCAGGGCCUCCACAAACACAUCUCGAAUCGACACCUCCUUCGUACCUCAAACCCCGCCCAACGCCGACAAGACGCCCGUCAUCGUCAACACCCCUCCGACACCGACCGACCACAACGCACCCUACGCUCAAUCUCCUCCGCCGGCCCCAGCUCCGCAGCCCGCUCCCGAAGUUUCUGUCACUGCCUCAGGCAACACGAAUGGUGGUUCUGCCACGGGUACUAUGCUUGCUCACCGCAGGGGUAGAUCAGGAUCUGGAAGUAUAGGGCCUAGCAAACUGUCCAACAUAACCCUCGCGCCUUUGACGCCCACCCCCGAGAACGGGACCGCAAGCAACCCAGGAACUCCAUCCGGCGGAAGCGGCUUCUUUUCAUCCGUCUUUUCGGCUGCGCAAAACGCCGCGACCUCGCUCACAAGUACCAUUCAGAAUACCGGCAUAGGACCGACCCCUCCCAAGAACAAGAACGUAGCUAAACCCCCCGAUAUCAAGAUCGACGAGCAGCCCGAGGUCGAGCCGCCACCUCCAUCCGCAACAGGCUCGACCAUGGAGAAAGAGCCAGCAGUCAAGACCAUUGGGUCGGGCGAGCUCAGCCUCAGUCAAUUAGGUAUAACGGACACAGCCAGCAAUGCAGGAACGCCCAUUACAGCAAAAUUCCCCGAAUCGGACGCACGAGCUAGAAGCGAGUCAGCCCCGACAGACGCUGCCUAUGCCGCUGCCACGCGCGACCUCGGAGUAGACGACGGCCGAAACGCGGCGAGACCCCAAUCACUGUACGAUCCAGGAAGUGCCGGGGACCGAACCCCUCCACAAGGCAGCAUACACGAAGACAAGAUUUCGGGAGUCCAACGAAGUGGAAGUAUUCGAAGCGCCAUUGGACGCCAUCGCAAGCGAGGAAGCUCAGCUGUGUCGGGAGGUACGGCUACUACUAUUGGCGCUGCCAUUGCUGCGGCUAACGCGUCUCUUGCUCACCCUCAAGCCAACGCGAGCGUACCGAAACUUACGGGAUUCGCGGUUGCGAGCAAGAAGCGCAAUCGAGAUUUCCAUGGAUUUUUCAAGAGCGUGCCCGACGACGAUUACCUCAUCGAAGACUACAGCUGUGCGUUGCAGCGCGAGAUCCUGGCGCACGGCCGCCUGUACGUAUCCGAAGGCCACUUGUGCUUUAGCAGCAACAUCCUCGGCUGGUCGACCACGCUUGUCAUGAGCUUUGACGAAAUAGUAAGCGUUGAGAAGCGCAGCACGGCCCUGGUUUUCAAGAACGGACUCAUGAUCACGACCCUACAUGCCAAGCAUAUUUUUGCCAGUUUCACCAGUCGAGACUCGACUUACGACCUAAUUGUCAAUAUUUGGAAACUUGGUCACCCGACCCUGCAAAGCUCGCUAAACGGAGUGCAGCUCGAGGGCACUGGUGGUGACAAGACAGAAAAGGUUGACGCGAAUAGUGCAGUGGUAGCAGAUGUUGAUGAUGGUAGUUUGUCCGGCACCGAUGAAGAGAGUGAUUCUGGCGAUGACGACGACGUUUACGACGAAGAUGAUGACGCAGAGGACUUGCAAGAUGUCACGCAACUGUCAGAAGUCAACGCUGAACCCGAAGGUGGAAAGACCGUCUCUCGCAAGGUAUCUGGUGCAGGUGCUAAUGGCGCUGUCGCCGAUGUCGUCAAGGAGGCUGUCGGUGCUGCUCCAGGCGGCAAUGACUUCCCUGGUCCGGCCACUCAUGCGCCAACCGAUUGCGGAGACUCUGACACGCAUUACGACAGGGUUGUCGGCGACGAUGUCAUUCCUGCGCCCUUGGGCAAGGUGUAUAACUUGCUCUUCGGUCCAGCCUCGGUCACCUGGAUGACAAAAUGGCUCACUGUUGAGGCCAAGUGUACAGAGUUGACCAUGGAGGACAAGAAGGGGCUGACUCUCGACAAUAAGUCUCGGUAUUUCACUUACAUUAAGCCUCUCAAUGGUGCCAUCGGUCCGAAGCAGACAAAAUGUCUUGUAACGGAGACCUUGGAUCAUCUUGAUUUUGAGAAAGCCAUCAACUUUAGCGUCACCACACAAACCCCAGAUGUACCGAACGGCAACAUUUUCAGCGUCAAGACAAAGUACUGUUUGACGUGGGCCGACAACAACUCUACCAGAGUGCAAUCCAACUGCACUAUUGAGUGGACGGGCAAGAGUCCUAUCGAAAAGGGAGCCAAUGAUGGCCAGACCCAGUACUGCAAAGACCUCUUUGCUAGUCUGAAAUCAGCUGUGUCUACUAAAGCCCGCGCUGGCGGUGCGGGAGCGGGCUCAGGCCCCAAGGGCAAGAAGAAGAGCAAGAAGAGCAAGGCGGCCGGCUCAACAACAGACGCCGAAGACGAGCAGGUUCGUCCAAGACAUGUUCCCAAGACAAAUUGGGGCCCAUUGGAGCCUGUCCGCGGCAUUCUCGAGCCAAUUCUCGACAUUGCCAAACCACUACUCACGGGCAACAUGAUGUAUGGCCUCCUAGUUGGCCUUCUCGUUGCUACGUGGUUUGGCUUUGGCCUGCCUGGCAGACAAGCGUCUGGAGAUAUGCGCAUGUAUGGUUUUCCGGAUCGUCUUGCGGCGUACGACGAGAUGUGGAGGCGCGAAGAGAGUGAACUUUGGGAGUGGCUGGAGGAAAGAGUUGGGUUGGAGCGCUUGCACGAAGGCAGCUUGCCCAUUCGGAAGCGAGCAAUGGAGCCAAGUACUGUGGAGGAGAGGGUCAGAGAGGAUCGUAUGGAUGAGCGUGAGAUUGAAGAGGCAAUCAAGGUGACGGAAGAGAAGCUUAAGGUGUUGAAGGGCGUCAUGGACAAGAAGAAGCCAACAUCCGUAAGAACGUUGAACCGACCAUUUGACGAUGGCGAUAGAUGCGAAACUGUGGCAUGGUCAAUCAUCUUCAGCCAGUUUCUUGAUCGGGAUUCACGAGACAAAGGCUGUUUUAUCUUUGCCUUAUCUUUGAAAGGCAGGCACAGAGAACCGUUGCCUGCUCCUGAGCUUUGGAAUACACCAAAUAAGCGAGUAGGCAGUACCUACCCUAGAAGAGACGCGUCUUCUUGGCCUCUCUAUGUUCAGAAACCGCGCUUCGUUCUCACAUUACUAUCGAACCGGACUGGAAGGCACGCCUCUAUCCACCUCCCUCCUUUUGAGCAGCAGGUGCUUGCCUACCUCGAUCUUGUUCUCUUCUGCCACUUCACAAACCUCGAAGACGCAGCUUGCCUCUAUCGAACACGACAACAUUACCCGUCUGCCUCCGCCAACUAUCCAACAUUGUCUCGAGUUUAUUCUUCGUAUCCUCAUGUUUUUGUCUACUAUUCCAUCACCUUAAUUCUCCACUACUCGAGGUCCUUGAUAUCGUAG